GUCGUGCUCAAAGACCAUAUAAGCGGUGGUACGUCGCCGGCGUGCGCAUACGCAGCCUAGCGAAAGCUGCGCGUGCGCGAAUAUUUUAAUUGCAGUGACAGUGAUUAUUAAACAUGAAGUUAACGGUAACACUCCUCCUCCUCGUGGCUGUGACCCACGCGGCUAAAUCAGUGACAUCUAAAACAAAACAGAAGAUUCAAGAUAUCGAUAGAGGAGACAAGACAGAGAAGAGAGAGCUGGAAGAAGGGAACAGCGGUAUCGAGAAAAGGGCACCUCUAUUACCAUCAGUGCCCUCUUCAGCUGCCACCGGUAGCGUGGAAUACGCAGACACUAAGGAAAGUUUACAAGACAAAUCUCCGACACAGCAAGUUUACGCGACACCUGUGCCACAAAUCUCUAAGAUAUCAGACGUGCUGACCGGACAGGGCCCUCCAUUCCAAGCUGCUAUCGCUAGUCAUCUGUAUUCUCCUAACUCAAUCUACCAAUCCAGGCCCGGACCUCCUACAACGUAUGAAGUGUCAGCACCAGUGCCUUCUCAGCUAGCUUACUCAGAGCACAGACUAUCGGUUCCAACGCCGAAUUCUCUGCAAUACAGUGCAAAUCCACAACCAAUUACAAAGCCAAUUAUAACCAAUUACGAACAGCCCCAAGGAUUUCUUCAGCCGUCUUACGAACAUAACUUUCUACAAUUACAACCCAGCUACCAACAAUCACCUAGUAACGGUCAUCUUCAAAACGCUUAUCAACCAAUUCAGUAUCAACCUCAAGCUUAUAACCAACAACAAUUGCAAUAUACACAAGAACAACCGCUACAACAACCCGGUAUUACAUACACUCGUCAAGAACUGCCAAUUCAAUACCAAAAACAACCAGAUCAGAGAGAUUUAAAAAGUCAGCCGGAUGCACAGAUUAUUGAAAAACAACAAAUAAUCCAACAGGAUUACAACGAUAAACAACAAAAUGCCCUGAGCUACGCAAGGUUUACCUUCAAUCAAGCUAUUCCUUCUCAAGAACAACCUCAUCCACAAGGUUCCGUAUCACCAUCUCCGCAACUAGUAUCACAACCAGAAACGCAUCAACAACUCGUUCAACCACAGCCACAACAGUAUUCAGUCCAAUCGCAGCCAAUAGCACAAAUAAACUAUCAGCUUCAACAUCCUUCUCAAUAUGUGCCACAAAUACAAUAUAAAGCUCAAAAACAAAUUCAACAACCUAAACUUCAACAAAUCCAGCAGCAACAAGUCCAAUAUCAAGCACAUCAAGCAGCCCAGCAACCCCAAUUACAAUAUCAAGGACAUCAGCAACUCCAGCAACCAUUACAGUAUCAACAACCUCAAAUCCAAUACCAGGAACCACAGCCGCAACCGCAAUUCGUCUAUCAACAACAACACUUACAACAAUUGCAACCUUUGCCUGAUCUACAUCUCCAAGCACAACAGCAAUAUCAAGUCCAACCGCAACAGUACCACCUACCACAAAUUCAGCCUCAACUAUUUAACGCGGAAAAAUCCGAGCAAGUACUAUCAAAGCAAUCGGUUCCUCAAAGACAAGUGUUUUACAAACAACCAUUUCAACAGCAAUUAAUUCAACAUCAACCACAAGAUUUAGGUUACAAAAAUCUCCCAGUCUUCCCGACGUUCCCUCCCGUUCAAUAUUUUGGCAAAUUCGCUCAAUCAAUCUUCGGUAAUUACCAGCAUUAAUACAAUCUUUCAAUCUAACGUAAUUGUUCAAGCAAUCAUUCAAGAUUUCUAUAAAAUAUUUCUUUUAAUUUCAUGAUUAAAUUGAAAAUCCCAAUCUUGAAUAAUAGAGAGCUUGCUUUUGGUCUUGUAAAUAUUAUUUUGGUGCCAAAAAAGCCGUAAAAGCAUAAU